CAGUUUGCUGACCAAAAGCAAGAAUUCAACAAACGCCCGACGAAGAUCGGCCGCCGUUCGCUUUCCCGCUCCAUCUCGCAGUCCUCGACAGAUAGCUACAGCUCAGCUGCCUCCUACACAGACAGCUCUGACGAUGAGACCUCCCCCCGAGACAAGCAGCAGAAGAAUUCCAAAGGCAGCAGCGAUUUCUGUGUGAAAAACAUAAAGCAGGCAGAAUUUGGGCGUCGAGAGAUUGAAAUUGCUGAACAAGAAAUGCCUGCGCUGAUGGCUUUGAGGAAGAGAGCUCAGGGAGAGAAGCCGCUGGCCGGGGCCAAGAUCGUGGGCUGCACGCACAUUACGGCACAAACAGCUGUCCUAAUGGAGACUCUUGGCGCACUGGGCGCGCAGUGCCGAUGGGCUGCGUGCAACAUCUACUCUACUCUUAAUGAAGUGGCUGCUGCCCUCGCCGAGAGCGGGUUCCCCGUCUUCGCCUGGAAGGGAGAAUCCGAAGACGACUUCUGGUGGUGCAUCGAUCGCUGCGUCAACGUCGAAGGAUGGCAGCCCAACAUGAUCUUGGAUGACGGAGGAGAUCUCACUCACUGGAUUUAUAAGAAAUAUCCCAACAUGUUUAAGAAGAUCAAGGGGAUAGUAGAGGAGAGCGUGACGGGUGUCCACAGGCUGUACCAGUUGUCCAAAGCGGGGAAGCUCUGCGUCCCAGCCAUGAAUGUCAACGACUCGGUCACAAAGCAGAAGUUUGACAACCUGUACUGCUGCAGAGAGUCCAUCCUGGACGGCCUGAAAAGGACAACAGACAUGAUGUUUGGAGGAAAGCAAGUAGUGGUUUGUGGCUACGGGGAGGUUGGAAAGGGCUGCUGUGCUGCUUUGAAGGCCAUGGGCUCCAUAGUGUACGUGACAGAGAUCGAUCCGAUCUGUGCCCUCCAGGCCUGCAUGGAUGGAUUCCGGCUCGUGAAACUCAAUGAAGUCAUCAGACAAGUUGACAUCGUCAUCACCUGCACAGGCAACAAGAACGUGGUGACCAGGGAACACCUGGACCGGAUGAAGAACAGCUGCAUCGUCUGCAACAUGGGGCACUCCAACACCGAGAUCGACGUGGCAAGCCUGCGUACACCCGAGCUGACCUGGGAAAGGGUGAGGUCCCAGGUGGACCAUGUCAUCUGGCCAGACGGGAAGAGAAUAGUCCUUCUGGCAGAGGGUCGCCUGCUGACCCUGAGCUGCUCCACCGUCCCCACCUUCGUCUUGUCCAUCACUGCCACCACGCAGGCUUUGGCUUUGAUAGAGCUGUACAACGCUCCCGAAGGCCGCUACAAGCAAGACGUGUACUUGCUGCCCAAGAAAAUGGACGAGUACGUGGCAAGCCUUCACCUCCCAACGUUCGAUGCUCACCUGACAGAACUAACGGAUGAACAAGCAAAAUACCUGGGACUGAAUAAGAACGGACCUUUCAAACCAAACUACUACAGGUGCUGCUCCUCAACCUCUUUCUUCUGCCCCGAGUGUGGG